AUGCUUUUCCUUUCUUCUCUCUCAAGCUGGCUGGAGUGUCAGAUCAAUGGCUUCUACCCAUACCCAGAGAACGGUGACUGGCCCACAGUGCGCGACUCAGCCUUCUCCAAGGACAUCAAGUUCACCUUCAAUGACACACACUACAACUACGAAGGCUCACUGGAGCUGUACCAUAGCUUCAACAAAACUCUUGGCAAGAGCUUCGCACCAUUCCAGCACGGCUUCAUCAACACACUCGGCAUUCCCAAUGCCAACGGUGACAAGGGCGGCUUUGUCUACAUGAUUGGUUGGGCGGGCGGCAUGCACAGGUUGGCGAAGCGUACUAUGUACUUCACGAAUGCCGCGUUCGCUGUGAUCAGGGACAACAAAGGGAGGAGAGAGAUCGUUGAGUUUCGAGAAAGCAGUAACAUUCCGAACACGGCACCACUGCCUGGCCAGAACGAGUGGACGUGCGGUUUCACCGAGCAUCAGGAAUUAUAG